UAGGCAAUGCUUAUUUAUGUUUUGACAAUUGAAAAGAUUUGACAAGUUGUGAAUGUAAAACAUCAGCGUCUUGGCAAAGAAGACAGUUCAAUCAACAACAAACAUAAAUUAAAUUAAAUUAGUGUGCUUUAAUGAUGGCUGACCGAAAAAUCUAUGCUGGAUACAACGGUGUUGUAAAUGAGGAUGAGGAAGAUGUUUCGGAAGAAACUACAAUAUUUAUUGGCAACUUAGAUAGGGAGGCAACGGAGGAGUUACUAUACGCCCUGUUUAUUGAUAUGGGUCCAAUUGUAGAGAUUAGAAUUGUUCCAGCCAAACCAGGCAACCAAAGGACAUUUGGUUUCGUGGAAUUCCAGGACAGGUGCGCUGCUCUUUAUGCUCUGGCAGUACAUAAGAAUACGGUUUUAUAUGGUAGUAAAAUUACUUUAAAAAUCGAUGGUUCAUCUCAAUUGAGAGAAUGGGAGUUGCCUGAAACUUAUCCCACGCAUUUAUACACGGGAUUAUCCCACUUUAAGGGUAACAGGACACGCAGAACUUAUUCAAACAGUAGCUCCCCAAAUAACGCUAAUGUGAACAGCUUGAACCCAUACAGUGGACGCAAUAGUAAUAAUAACAAUUAUUAUACUAAUCCAUUCGAAUCUCAGUUUAACCCAAAUAACAGAAACGGCUUUGAAUAUGGUAUGAGGUUCGAAAAUCAAACUACUUAUCAUCAAGAUAUGCAUCGAAGCAAUGGCAAUAACAAUUAUUCAUUUAAUCGCAAUCAAAGUCUUCGGCGUUAUCGAAACGAAUGUGAUGAACGUGAUCGCGGUUAUGAUCAUGGUCGUGGCAAUGAUUCUAAUCGCGAUCGUAGUUUUGAUCAUGGUCGUGAUCGUAAUGAUCAUGGUCGUGAUCGUGAUCGUAAUGAUCAUGGUCGUAGUUAUGAUCAUGGUCGUGGUUAUAACCUUGAUCGUGGUCAUAAUCACAGCCGCGAUCUGGAUUAUGGUGACCGAAGGAAGAGGAAGCAUUCUAGUGGCAGCGAUGAUGACCAGUCCGCAUUGUCCCGUUAUCAUGCAAAACGUCGUCGUAGUCGCAGUCGCAGCAGAAGUCGAAGAGACAACCAUCAAAACAGUUCCUCUCGCAUGCUUGAAUCAUAUAACUCUAAUCAAAGUUCAAGUGUUGCUCAAGCUCCUAGUAUUCAGAAACUUUGAUAUCGACCACAUUUUGCACUAACAACUACACUAUCACAUAUAAUAAAAUUAUUUACGUGCCUAAGAAUCUAUAUGAUGAAUUCUGCAAUAAGUUUAACAACGCCAAUAUAGUUUCUACAGCAAUCAUUCGAUAAAAUACUGAUUAUAUCAGGAAGGUUUAAAUAUAAUUAUUUCUAGCAGGAAUUUAUAGGAAAAAAUGUUUAAAUUUGAUGCAUUCAAUUCCAAAAAAUAAAAAACAUUUUUUAAGUUCAUUGAAUUUCUUAGCGAUAGCGGGA